AUGGCAAGUAUCGAAUUAAAAUUCUCUGGAACUUUCCAAAAAGAUGAUUAUUUACAAGAAUUUUCUUGCGUUGGUUGUCAGCAAUAUCUUUCGGAAAAAGAUAUUUCAAAAGGCAAUUAUCGCCUUUAUGUUAGCGACUAUGCUAAUGAGAGUUCCAAAAAAGUCAAAUUACGCUCUGAUAAUUCUUUUACAAAAAAGUUUAGUAAUCCUCAAUCUCUCCAAUCGACAAAUUUUCCCAAUUCUCCUUUUUUAAAAUCUUUAACUGAUAUUUCGCAAUUGCCUAGAACAUCAGCGAACCAAAAUUCUCCUUGUUUAGCAAAAUGUACUCCUCCCCGCCUUAGACUUCAAAACUCAUAA